AUGGCCUUCGAAGAACUUAAAGCAUAUCUGAGCUCACUACCUGUACUAGCUAAGCCUACUGCCGGUGAAUCGCUCCGGAUCUAUUUAUCUUCGACCGAGCACGCUGUCGGCUCGGCGCUGGUUCGGCAGAAUGGCAAAGAACAGCCAGUGUACUUCUUGAGUCAUAUAUUAAAGGACGCUGAAUCUCGCUAUACCAGUCUCGAGAAGUUCGUAUUUGCAUUGGUACUCGCCGCUCGGAGGCUUCGUCCUUAUUUCCUUGCUCACACUAUCGAUGUGAUGACCAACAGCCCGCUAGGAAGAGUCUUGCUUAACCCAAAGGUGUCCGGUCGGUUGAUCAAAUGGACCACGGAGCUCAGCGAGUUCGGCAUCCAAUAUCAUCCCCGAACGGCUGUCAAGACGCAGUCCUUGGCCGAUUUUGUCACGAAAGUACAAAACCCUGAACCUAACUCGAUCUGGAAAGUAUACAUGGAUGGGUCGUCCACCUGGCAGGGUAGUGGGAUUGGCAUACUACUUAUCUCCCCACAAGAAGAGCGGGUGCAGUUGUCCGUUCGACUAGAGUACUGGGCAACUAACAACGAAGCUGAGUAUGAGCUGGUUGGGGCAUUCAAGAUCAGUAAUACGCAGCUCAAGUUGUACGCCGAAGCCUUCGAAAAGCUGAAGGCAAACUUUCAGGAGGUAAUCAUCCAGAAGAUCCCCCGAGCAGAGAACCAAGCAGUGGACGAGCUGGCCAAAUUAGCGAGCUCACUCUCGCCGAUCGUUGUUACUCAGCCGAUUGAGCAAGUAUCCUUGGUGGCGCACGUCGAUCGGAUGGAGGGGUUCACUUUCCCUAGCGAUUGGAGAACGGCCAUGGUAGGGUUUCUACGAUUAGGAGCUACGCCGUCUGAUCGGGAGGAAGCUCGCUUAUUGAGAAGAAGAACCGAUCGUUUCACCCUAGUCGGGGGCCAGCUCUACAAGAAGGCCUUCUCCAGGCCAUUGCUUAAAUGUGUCGGAUCGGAGGACGCCAACUAUAUACUGCAAGAAGUACACCAAGCCUCCUGUAGAGGGCAUCUGGGCAGUCGGUCGCUAGCGAGGAAGAUUUUGUUGGUCGGGUACUUCUGGUUGACUCUACAAGAAGAUGUCGCUCGGGCAGUAGCUAACUGUCUGUCCUGCCAGAAGUACCACCACCUCUCCCACCGAACGACUGAAGAGAUGAAGGCUUCCACUAUGUCAUGCCCAUUCGACCAGUGGGGCAUGGAUAUUGUGGGACCCUUUCCCAUGACGACCAGGCAGUGCAAGUUUUUGUUCGUCACGCUCGACCACAUCGGAGGGAACUGGGUGGGCGAGCUCCCCGGCGUGUUAUGGGUGAUCCGCACGACCCCUAAGGAAGGCACAGGGGUAACCCCGUUCCACCUGGUGUACGGCGGUGAAGCGGUCGUCCUGGUCGAGGUCAAAAUAGAAUCCAAUCGAAUACAACACUACAGCGAAGACAACACCGAAUGGAGGCUUCUAGAGUUAGACUUGGUGGAUAAGACGCAUGACAAAGCAGCUGUUCGGCUGAUGGCUCAUAGACAGAGGAUGAGACAGAACUACAAUCGACAAGUGAUCUCGAGGUCGUUCCAGGUCGAUGACCUCAUGUGGAAGAAGGUAAAGCCGGUCGGCGACGUCACUAAACUAGAAGCUCUGUGGGCUAGACCAUUCAAAGUCAUGGAGAAGCUCCGCUCUGGUGCCUACUGCCUAGAGGAUGAAGACGGGCGGUAA